CUAUAAAGGGCGCCACCCGGCGCAGGCGGCCGCUGUUGCUGUGUCCGCCGCCCGCCCGCCCGACAGCGCCGCCGCCUGCCCCCGCCAUGGGUCGACAGAAGGAGCUGGUGUCCCGCUGCGGGGAGAUGCUCCACAUCCGCUACCGGCUGCUUCGCCAGGCGCUGGCCGAGUGCCUGGGGACCCUCAUCCUCGUGAUGUUUGGCUGUGGCUCUGUGGCCCAGGUUGUGCUCAGCCGGGGCACCCACGGUGGUUUCCUCACCAUCAACCUGGCCUUUGGCUUUGCCGUCACCCUAGGCAUCCUUAUUGCUGGCCAGGUCUCUGGGGCCCACCUGAACCCUGCCGUGACCUUUGCUCUGUGCUUCCUGGCGCGUGAGCCCUGGAUCAAGCUGCCCAUCUACACCAUAGCUCAGACUCUGGGAGCCUUCCUGGGUGCCGGGAUCAUCUUUGGGCUGUAUUAUGAUGCAAUCUGGGCCUUUGCCAACAAUCAGCUUGUAGUUUCGGGCCCCAACGGCACAGCUGGCAUCUUUGCCACCUACCCCUCUGGACAUUUGGACAUGGUCAAUGGCUUCUUCGACCAGUUCAUUGGCACAGCCUCCCUCAUCGUGUGUGUGCUGGCCAUUGUGGACCCCUACAACAACCCUGUUCCCCGUGGCCUGGAAGCCUUCACCGUGGGCCUGGUGGUCCUGGUCAUCGGCACCUCCAUGGGCUUCAACUCUGGCUACGCUGUCAACCCCGCCCGCGACUUCGGCCCUCGCCUUUUCACCGCCAUUGCUGGCUGGGGCUCCGAAGUCUUCACGACCGGCCGCCACUGGUGGUGGGUGCCCAUCGUCUCUCCACUGCUGGGCUCCAUCGCGGGUGUCCUCGUGUACCAGCUCAUGAUCGGCUGCCACGUGGAGCCGCUCCCGCCCUCCACCGACGAGGAGAACGUGAAGCUGUCCCACAUGAAGCACAAGCAGCAGAUGUGAAUGGGCGGGGGGCACCCCCAGCCCCUCCCGUGAGCAUCCGUUGACUGUGCAGGGGCUGCUCCCUAGAUGUCCUCUCCACGGCCCCUCCCAGGCCGCGAAGCUCCUUGUCUACCAGCACCCCUCUGACAGCCCUCUUCAGGAUCUCCCAUCCUGAAGGAAAUA